AUGAGACUGCCCAGCCACAAUUCUGUUGCGUCGCGCAACUGUGACACCAUCACUUCAUACAGCAAGCCGGCUUCUGACGGCGACAAUGCUUUCGUCAUUGUUGCUUCGCUGCUGAUACCUGGCCGCGGGGAGCCGCUCACCAACGGCGCGAUAGCCGUCAAGUCUGGUGUAAUCGAAUGGGUCGGCUCCGGCGAAGACCUGCCCUCGGCGUAUCGCCAUGUCUCGCAGACCCGGGUGCCCGUUCUUCUCCCCGGCCUCUGGGACUGCCAUGUUCAUUUCUUCGGCAUCGGCGGCCUCAACGACAUGGAGUCUGCCUUUGGCAUCCCUACCGGCCAGGCAGCCCUAGCUGGCGCGCUCACGGCUCAUGACCUCGAGGCCACCCUCCUCGCGGGCUACACGACCGUCCGCGAACUAGGUGGCUACGCCGGCGAUAUAUGGCCUGCCGUGCGUGACGGCACCAUCGCAGGACCCAACAUCUACUCGUCGAUCGCGGCCAUUUCCAUCACUGGCGGCCACGGCGACCUGCAGUCCUCGCCGUCCUACGUUGUCAAGACGGCGCAGUGCUGCGGCCCCGCGCCGCUCGCCGUCUGCGAUGGCGCCGACAACUGCGUCCAGACGGUCCGGCAGAUGGUGCGCCGCGGCGCACGCGUCAUCAAGGUGUGCUCGAGCGGCGGCGUGCUCAGCCUCAACGACGACCCCGAGGACCGGCAGUUCUCCGACGAGGAGCUCGCGGCCAUGGUGCAGGAGGCGGCGCGCAGCCGGCGGGCCGUCGCCGCGCACGCCAUCGGCAAGGCCGGCAUCAUGGCCGCGCUGCGCGCCGGCGUGCGGUCCAUCGAGCACGGCAUGUACCUGGACGAGGAGGUGGCGGACGCGAUGCUCGCGCGGGACGCCAUCUUUGUGGGCACGCAGCACAUUGUACGCACGCUGUCGCGGCCCGAGUUCCUCGACACGGUCCCGGAGCCAUCCCGCGUCAAGCUGAUCCGCGUCGGCAAGGAGGCCAACAAGUCGUACCGGCUGGCGAUGAAAAAAGGCGUCAAGAUUGCGCUCGGCACUGAUAUGACGAGCAGCGACCGCAAGUCGCUCAUGUCGCACGGUAACAACGGCCACGAGCUGACGUACGCGGUCGAGCUGGGCAUGACGCCGCUGCAGGCCAUCGAGAGCGCCACGGCGAUACCGCCCGAGACGCUGGGCGGGCUGGCGCCCAAGAGCGGGCAGCUCAAGGCGGGCUACGAUGCUGAUUUCAUCGCCGUCCGUUGCAACCCUCUGCACGAUAUCAAGGUGCUCGCAAAUCCGGAGAAUGUGACUCAUGUCUGGAAAGGUGGCAAGUUGUUUAAAAAGCCUAAUUUCCAGGGAGUCUACCGUCAAUAG